AGCAGUGACUGUGCAGCGGACGGAGCUCUACGAGCGGCGGACGGGAGGUGGGCGGAGGGCGGGGGCCGCGCUCAGAGGUCACCGGAGGACGCCAGUGGACGCGCCUAGCCUUGGACGCGCCGACCGAGGCCGACGGACCGGCCAGUGCUGGCCCAGAUGGCGUCUUCACCGCUCGUGCUGUUGCUGCUGCUGCAGACGGGGGUUGUUUGGGGAGCCGAGACGGCGGACCAGACAGUUCCGCUGGGUGAGCUGCACUGCAGUAAGGGCGGAUCGUGGUGCCCUUCCGGUGAGACCUGCGGAGGUCCCGUCUGCGGCCCCGGGCCACGCUGCUGCGACGAGGCCGUCGACGCCUUCCUGCAGAGACCGGUGCUCCUUCGGCCGCCGAUCCUGCCGUCUGACGUCAAAGGAGCGCCUCCGAUCGACUCCAUCGGGAGCGUCAGAGAGCCGCCUUCGACAGAGACGGCGAACAAGCCGCCGCCGCCGCCACGUCGCUGUCGGCCCGGCACAAAAUGCAUCGAUAACUUUCCCUGCGAGCAGGGCGGCUCGUCCUGCCCCUCCGGACAGACGUGCGGAGGCAGCUGUGGCCCCUACACGUGCUGUGCACUGCCAUCGUCGGCCUGCGGUGAGGGCGGGAACGUCUGUCCCGCCGGGUACAUCUGCCGGCCGUGCCCCCUGCCCGGCGGCGCCUGCUGCUUUUCGAGCUGCAACCACACGAGGUCUUACAUAGCCGAGCCGUGUGGGGAGCACGAAAUCUGUCUGCCCUGCGAAUCCGACAAUCAACAACUCUGCUGUCGGCCCCGACCCAAUACACUCGAGAGCUGCCGACGCCGGUGCUCUCGGGAGCCCGUGAAGCGGUGCUUUCUGCACGGGUGUCCGCCAGGGGGCGGCUGGUGCUGCCGAAACCCCCUGACCACCUGAAGUGACGUCACACAAUGUACCUAGUGACGUCACCGUACAGGCGGCCGGUGCAGCUGUGCUUGGAUGAUAUCUCUUGGAAGAUCAUGGAAGACGUCGCUCUCAUACGAGAAAACCGAGAGGUGACUGCGAUAAAUGUAGUGGGCAUUUGUUAGGCGCAUUGUAUCCUAUGCGUAGGUAAUAGGGAUCCUAUAGCUGAGUGCACAACGCCAGGUACCUAGAUAUUUUCUAGCAGUAGCUAUGUGGAUUCGAGUGUCUGUAGGUAAUGCAUUGGAAUAUAUCCUGUAACUGAAACGAAAUAUGUUCAAUACAUCAGCGAUCAUCCA